CGUUAUUCUGGUCUUGAUCUAAAUCUUUAUAUAUAAAAAAGCGUGAAUGAGAUUGUGAUGGAGUCAAAAUAUGGUAAAAAGAAGUCCAGCAGUAGUAGUAGUUCCUUAUUUUACGAAGCACCCCUUGGUUACAGCAUUGAAGACGUUCGCCCCAACGGUGGAAUCAAGAAAUUCAAAUCCUCUCUUUAUUUGCAGUGCGCUAAGAGGCCAUCCUGA